GCGACGGUAGCGGAAGUGACGCAGCUUGCUGUGUUUCCGUUGGCUGGUCUGUCUGUUGGAGCGUCAGAAGCGGAUCGGUUCGGGUUGUCUCGGUUCGGUUCAUCGCAAUCAGAAGCAUAAACUCCACGCAUCAGAUGUCGUUCGGUGUCCCGCACAGCGGCGGCCGGCGCAGUAAAUGGGACCAGGCCAGUCCGGUGUCGUCUGGAGCUGAUGGAGGUUCUGCUCCGACCGGAGCUCUGGACGCUGCUGCCGCCGUCGCUGCCAAGAUCAACGCCAUGCUGGUGGCCAAAGGCAAACUCAGGCCAUCUCAGAUCAGCAGCGCUGCUGCCGCCGAUAAAGUGGCAGGUGUUGGUGGUAAUAAGGUGAAAGAUGAUCUGGUGGUGGCUGAGGUGGAGAUUAACGACGUCCCGCUAACCUGUCGGAAUCUGCUGACCCGCGGACAGACUCAAGACGAGAUCAGCAGAGUGAGCGGCGCUGCCGUGUCCACCAGAGGACGCUUCAUGACAGCGGAGGAGAAGAGCAAAGCACUGCCCAGUGACCGUCCACUCUAUCUGCACGUCCAGGGACAAACCAGAGACUUAGUGGACAAGGCUGUUAACCGGAUACACACAUUUCUCUGUUCCUCCAGUCACCCAAAACCAGAAGGACUUGCUGCUGCAAAAACCCUGUGUGAAAACCUCCUGCAGACCGUUCAUGCUGAGUAUUCUCGAUUCCUGAAUCAGAUGAGCAGUGUGAUGCCCACACAGGGAUUCGUUCAGCCUCCUGCCGUUAACGGGAUCCAGCCGCAGGCUCCGUAUUACCCCCCCGCAGGCUUCCAGCCGUCCUACUCCAGCCCGGUCCCUCCGCCGCAGCCCGUCGCUCCUCAGUAUCCUCUGGCUCCGGCCCCGGGCCCCGUCCCCACCGCACAGUAUCCCAUCACCCCCGCGCCCCCGAGCGUCCCGGCACAGACGCUGGCUCCGGCUCCGGCUCCGCAGAAGCGCCGCUUCACGGAGGAGGUGCCAGACGAGACGGACCGCGGCCUGCUGGGAUACCAGCAUGGACCCAUUCAUAUGACUAAUUUAGGUGCAGGCAUCUCUGUGGGCAGCUCUGAGGCAUCAGGACCCCCAUCUGCUGCUUCCUCAGGGCCUGUGAGAGAGAGAGACAGCAGCAGACUCAUGCCGCCUCCGUGUGCUCCGGCGCCAGUCGACGGUUCGAGAGCUCAGAAAGCAGACGAGAAGACGCCGGCGCCGAGCCUUCUGGAGCCGCAGGUGAAGCGCGCGCGGAUGGGGCUCGUGGCGUACGCUGGAGACUCCUCCGACGAAGAAGAGGAUCAUGGAGCCUUCAGAGCGGCCGGAGCCACAGGAUGGACAUACCGCUGCCCGUCAUCACCGCCCACACGGCCCAAAACACAGACGCAGACACAGCCCAUGCCCUUCUGGAUGGCACCGUAAACACACACACACACACACACACAUCAUGUUCAUGCCUCCUAAAGACUGUCCUGUGGGAUUAUGGGAGGAUGGAAGAGCGAUGGCGGCUCAUGUGGCGCUGCAGGAUCGCGUGUCUCAUCACUCUGCUUUAGUUUCUCUUCAUCAGUUUGAUUUGUAAUGUUACUUCUUCUGAGACGAAUAAACACAUGCAUUGGCUCACA